UUUUGAAGCGUCGUUUUCUGCUGUCGAUUGUUUUUUUGUGUUUGUUUUCUAAUUAUUCGGUAAAACUUGGCACACUUUUAUUCAUUUCCAUUCGAUCAUGGGUAAAAAGACCCGGCUUGCAUCAUUUUGUCGACUUUGUUUGACGAAAACUAAAAAUAAAGUAGAAAUUUUCGGUGAAGAAAGAACGGUCGAAAAUUUAUUACAGUUGAUUGAGAUACAGGUUGAUGAAAAUCUUGAACCGGGUGCCGUAGUUUGUUUUGAUUGCAUCGUUACACUAGAAGGAUUCUACCAAUUCAAGGAGCAAUGUCAUGUAAACGAUGAUUUUGUGAAAAAUAUACCACCCGAAGAGGAAACUUCGAACUUUGAUGACGAGCUGGAAGAGGAAGACGAUUCCAAUAGGCGAGACGUAGAAGACGAUGACGACGAAGUAGACGAACCAGUUGAAACGAUUGAGGAAGAAGAAGUAUUUACUCAAGAAAUGGUUAGUCCGAAAGCUAAAAGGAAAUGCGAAAGUCCUAAGAAUUCGCCGAAAUCGAAGACUAUCAGAAGACACAUAAAACCGAUCGACCCGGAAAAAGUUGAGAAGGAAUGCGCUGCUCUGAAUAUUUCAAGACGAGCCAUGAGUGGGCCCACAUUGGAUGAUCUGUUAGUUUUAGCGGAUUCGUAUCCAGACUUUUUCUACUUCGAGAAAGGGCCUCGUUCGAUCUAUUUCACGCUGGUAUUUUAUGGAGAACGCUAUCAUUCGGCUCUUUUUACGGAGCGCUACACUUAUUGGCAAUGUAAACAUCGAAUAAAGUAUCGUUGUCCGGCACAGGUAUGCGUAACCAACGAUUAUAAAUCUUUUGAACGUCGUUGCGAGCACACCCAUGGAGAUUUACCAUUUAAGGAGGGCAAAAUAUACACUCCGCUGCAGGCAUUACCAGAAUUGUUCGAGGCCUGCCGUAAGGUAGUUCUACGGGGUCGAGCAAAACGAUUACAGAAGUUACUUGACAAGCAUAAACAAAAACAAGCACAGCAGCUAAGCGACGAUGGCGAGGAUGAGGAACAGGAAGAUGCACCAGAUCCAUUGAUUAGAGUUAUGCGUAAAUCUGACGUAGAAGACGAUGACCGAGACUACACAGAUGAUGAUGAUGAGGAUGACUACAUUAAAGAAGAGAGUGAUGACGAUGAUUGACAUGAUUAUGAUGGUUAUAGGUGGUCAAAAAUGUGAUUUACAACUUCGUUCGUGUAAACAAUAAAUUGGCCUAUUAGGAAAAUA